AAAUAUAAAUCUAAGAAUUGUCGAAUCGUUGCGUGAAUCGGUUGACGACAACAUUUCGCGUGGAUAUAUUAUUGUUUUUAAAAGAAAAAUAUAUUUAAAAAACAAUUUCAAAUUGAAAAUUGGUGAACUUGAGAAAUAAUCAAAGUGAUUUGAAAAGUAAUUUGGGGAAAACAGGGGAUAGGAUAAAUAUCGUGUGUUCGCGUAAGUGUACGAAAGUGAAAUCGGUUGAAGUAGCUAGGGACACUUAUGAAGGGGUUUGACUUCGUACCGAAACUCAGCAUCGAUCAGAUUAAAUAUAUUUGGGACAUCGAUUGGAAACAGUAGCCGAGCCAAGAGUUGUUAACUGAGAAUGCGCAAUGACACAGCGAAUUUAUCAAUGGUCCACGAGCCCAAGGGAGGCACCGCAGACUAUCCAAAUGGAGCCCCCAAAAUCUCAUCGACCAGAAAAAAUCCUCUCGAGGUACACACAACGAGACACGGAGAAGGAUAAAACGGAAACUGAAUACAUGCUACAACAGAAUGGCGAACCAAUUGAAUUCGUGCCACCUCAGACGAAGGAGGAGGAAAAACCAGUUCAGCAGGGGCCAACAUUACCACCGGUGCCUUACUACAGACUCUUCCGAUUUGCUACUUUCAGCGAGUUGAUGUUGGUUCUCGGAGGCCUGAUCAUGGGAACAUUGACAGGUCUCUGUAUUCCGAUUUCUACAAUACAAUACGGUGAAUUCACAACCUUAUUGGUCGACCGUAAUAUGAAGAAUCAAACGAGUACUCCGACACUUAUAAUGGAUUGGUUCGGAGGUGGAAAAGUUUUAGGACCGAACGCAACCGAAGAGGAGAAAAUGGACGCUCUCUACGAUGAUUCGGUGGCAUUUGGUGUAUCAUGUGCCGCUUUAUCAACGGUUCAAUUCAUCUUUGCCAUUUUCACCGUCGAUUUAUUAAACAUAGCUGCAUUCAGACAAAUCGCAAGAGUACGAAAGAUGUUCUUACGUGCAGUACUUAGGCAAGACAUGAGUUGGUACGACACCAACACAUCUACCAAUUUUGCUAGCAGAAUUACCGAAGAUUUGGACAAAAUGAAGGAUGGAAUUGGGGAGAAGCUUGGUAUUUUUACGUAUCUGAUGGUUUCCUUUAUAUCAUCGAUCAUUAUAUCGUUCAUAUACGGUUGGAAAUUGACAUUAGUCGUACUUAGUUGUGCGCCUGUUAUCGUCGUAGCCACUGCUGUUGUAGCCAAGGUCCAAAGCUCCUUAACAGCCCUUGAAUUGGCUGCGUAUGGUCAAGCAGGAAGCGUUGCUGAAGAGGUCUUUGGUGCCAUCAGGACUGUCGUAGCCUUCAAUGGGGAGCAAAAGGAGGUUGACAGAUAUACCGAGAAACUUGUGCCAGCUGAAAAAACUGGCAUCAGGAGAGGAAUGUGGUCCGGUGUUGGAGGUGGUGUCAUGUGGUUUAUCAUUUAUCUCAGUUACGCAUUAGCUUUUUGGUAUGGCGUUCAAUUGAUUUUGGAGGAUCGUCCGAAAGAAUAUAAAGAAUAUACACCAGCCGUAUUGGUAAUAGUAUUUUUUGGUGUAUUGGCUGGUGCACAAAACAUGGGKUUAACUUCGCCGCAUUUAGAAGCUUUUGCAGUGGCUAGAGGAUCAGCUGCUGCUGUUUUUCAAGUACUCGAUCGUGUACCAACUAUCGAUAGUUUAAGCAAGGAAGGUCAGAAAUUAAAAUCGGUCAGCGGUGACAUCGAAUUUAAGGAUGUUCAUUUCCGUUAUCCCGCGAGAAAAGAUAUUCAAGUAUUGCAAGGUUUAAAUUUGAAAAUCAAACAUGGAGAAACUGUGGCGUUGGUUGGUGGUUCCGGAUGCGGUAAAUCUACCUGUUUGCAACUCAUUCAAAGACUCUACGAUCCGUUGCAAGGACAAGUCCAGUUAGAUGGGGUCGAUAUAUCGAAGUUAAAUGUUCAAUGGUUGCGUUCGCACAUCGGUCUUGUUGGACAGGAACCAGUACUUUUUGACACGACAAUACGAGAGAACAUCCGUUACGGAAAUGACAGCGUUACCGAGGAAGAAAUGAUCAAAGCAGCCAAGGAAGCCAACGCUCACGAUUUCAUCAGCAAACUGCCUGAGGGAUACGAUAGUCCUGUUGGAGAAAGAGGUUCCCAAUUAUCUGGUGGACAAAAACAAAGGAUUGCAAUAGCUCGUGCAUUGGUCAGACGACCAGCCAUACUUUUACUCGAUGAGGCUACUUCUGCAUUAGAUCUUCACAGUGAAGCAACUGUUCAGAGAGCACUUGAUGCUGCCUCAAAAGGCAGAACGACCGUUAUCGUGACUCACAGGCUCUCAACUAUCACUAACGCCAACAGGAUCGUCUUUAUUAAGGAUGGCAAAGUUGUUGAAGAGGGUACACACGAAGAGUUACUGGCACUUGGCAAACAUUAUCACGGAUUGGUUGCAGCUGAUGCUAGUGCCGCUGCCAAAGCCAAGGCUACGGCAUCCGCUGUGAAAACAGUUACGGCAGCAAAACCCAAACCCCAAAAGGCACCACUGAAGAGACAAUUUUCAACCCUUUCGAUGCACUCUCAUCGCUUAUCGUUAGCAGGUGGAUCCGAUGCUGGGUCUGAUGUCGGUCUGGAAGAACAUGAAAAACCCUACGAUGCACCGAUGAGUAGGAUACUUGGGUUGAACAAAACGGAAUGGCCCUACAAUUUAAUUGGAUGUUUAGCAGCUGGCACAGUAGGAGCAUCAUUUCCAGCAUUCGCAGUUUUAUUCGGUCAAGUUUAUUACGUAUUGGGUCUUCAGGAUGAAAACGAAGUCAGAGAACAAACAAUCAACUUUGCUAUAUUGUUCAUAAUAGUCGGUGUGGUAACUGGAAUAGGAACCUUCCUCCAAAUGUAUAUGUUCGGUUUAUCCGGAGUAAGGAUGACAACGAGGAUUAGAAAGAUGACGUUCGGUGCAAUGUUGCAUCAAGAGAUGGGUUGGUACGAUGACGAACAGAAUAGCGUUGGUGCACUUUGCGCAAGAUUGUCUUCGGAUGCUGGAGCCGUGCAAGGUGCUACCGGAAGUAGAAUAGGUGCUAUACUUCAAGCAUUGUCAACUUUAGUUCUUGGAAUUGGAUUGUCCAUGUAUUACACCUGGAAAAUGACAUUGGUAUCCGUGGUUUCGAUUCCACUCGUCUUGGGUGCUGUAUUCUUUGAAGCUAGAAUUAUGAGCGGACAGGGACUUCAAGAAAAGAAAAAAAUGGAAGCGGCUACCAGGAUUGCGAUAGAAGCAAUUUCGAAUAUCAGAACAGUUGCGAGUUUGGGCAAAGAAACGGCGUUCUUUGAUCGAUAUUGCAUCGAACUCGAUCACGUUGCUCAAGCUACUAGAACGAGAAAUCGAUUGAGAGGAUUGGUCUUUUCCUGCGGUCAGACUACGCCUUACUUUGGUUACGCUUUGAGUCUCUACUACGGUGGUUACUUGGUAGCUAGGGAAGGUCUUAGUUAUCAAGAUGUCAUCAAAGUGUCGGAAGCACUCAUCUUUGGUUCUUGGAUGCUGGGACAGGCAUUGGCAUUCGCUCCUAACUUCAACACCGCCAAAAUAUCCGCUGGUAGGAUCUUCAGAUUAUUGGAUAGGGUGCCUGAGAUCUCAUCUCCUCCUGGCUCUGAAGGGAAAGAUUUGGAUUGGAAGGCAGAUGGGCUGAUACAAUUUUCAAAAGUAGAAUUCCAGUAUCCAACGCGCUCGGAGAUGCAGAUACUUCGUGGUUUGAAUUUAAUAGUAAAGCCGGGUCAAAUGGUCGCUCUGGUUGGUCAAAGUGGCUGCGGAAAAUCAACCUGCAUUCAGUUACUCCAACGUUUGUACGAUCCAAUAUCUGGAACGGUUACCAUGGACCGUCGUGACAUCUCCUCGGUUUCAUUGGCUUCGCUAAGAUCCCAGCUUGGUGUUGUUGGUCAAGAACCUGUUCUAUUUGACAGAACCAUAGCAGAGAAUAUCGCCUACGGGGACAAUUACCGACGUGUACCCAUGGAUGAGAUCAUCGAGGCAGCCAAAAAAUCAAACAUUCAUAGCUUCGUCAGUUCCUUACCUCUGGGUUACGAUACGAGACUAGGAUCAAAGGGUACGCAGCUUUCGGGAGGUCAGAAACAGCGCAUAGCUAUCGCACGUGCUUUGGUAAGGAACCCACGGGUCUUGCUCUUAGACGAGGCAACCUCAGCCCUUGACACUCAAAGUGAAAAGGUGGUACAAGCAGCACUUGACAAAGCGAUGGAGGGUAGAACUUGUAUCACCAUAGCUCAUCGUCUUGCUACCGUAAGAAAUGCAGAUGUAAUAUGUGUCCUUGAAAAGGGCACCGUAGCAGAAAUGGGUACUCACGACGAUUUAAUCGCAGCAGAUGGCCUUUACGCUCACCUACACAAUUUACAAGAAGCUGCUAUGGAAUAGGAGUUGUUUUCUUUUUCAUUUCUUUUUUCUUUUUCUUUUUAUUUAGCAAAAGAUUUUUAAGAUUUUUUAUUUCCUUCCUUUUUUUCCUAUUUACUUUCCCAUCCUUUCAAAUUAAACACAACCCGUUCCUCGAACUUUCGUAUAUAGAAAUCAUUUGAAAAUAUACGAACAUUUUAAUUUCGAGAGUUUAGAUCGAUAAUCGAAGGAGUUCGACGCGAUUAAUUUUAUCGAUUCGCGAAAACAAAUUCUUUUUUUUAACUCGUCUCGUACAUUUUCAAACUUAAACAAACGAAUCCAAAUUUUAUUUUCAUUAUUUUCGAUGUUCAUCAUGUAAUAAUUACUUAAUUAGAUUAUUAUUUUUAUUAUU